AUACAGACAGAGCAGCAGAAAGAGAGAAGGACUGAGCUGCGACACUCAUUCACAGAGAGCAAGAAGUGUGAAUGAGAUAGGCAUUAGGCAGAGUGAGAAAGGGAGCCUUGGAAAGUAACAGCAGGUUUUCUAUUUCGUAUUGCUUGAAGGUAGGAAAAGAGAUAACAACAUACCCGGGAGAGAGAAAAGAAAGGGAGAGUACUCUAUCAUUUCUUUUUUAGACGGGUUUGCCAUACUUCUUCACCCGAGCAAAGAGCGCAGUUUCAGGGACAUUGAGGACCCCGGGUUGCAAUGAUAAGGAUUUUGGUAACGUGCGUCUCCGUGGUGUCCAUCAUCGGGAUGGUGGCCGGUGUUCGUAGUGGAUACGGAAUAAGUAUGUUCGCGGCUCAGUCCUCUCCUCCGGACCCGUGUUACGACGAGAACGGAAACCCCAGACGCUGCAUCCCCGACUUUGUGAACUCCGCGUUCGGAAAGGACGUGCGCGUGUCCAGCACCUGCGGCGCUCCUGCGACGCGAUACUGCGUGGUGACCGAGAAGGGCGAGGAAAGGUCGAGGGACUGCAACAUCUGCGACGCCACGGACCCCAAGAAGUCGCAUCCACCCGCGUACCUGACAGACCUCAACAACCCUCACAACCUCACCUGCUGGCAGUCGGACAACUACCUGCAAUACCCGCAAAAUGUGACUUUGACGCUGUCCUUGGGGAAGAAGUUCGAGGUGACUUACGUGAGCCUCCAGUUCUGCUCUCCUCGCCCUGAAUCCAUGGCCAUCUUCAAGUCCAUGGAUUACGGAAAAACCUGGGUGCCGUUUCAGUUCUACUCAACCCAGUGCAAGAGAAUGUACAACAAACCAAGCAAAGCUGCGAUCACCAAGCAGAACGAGCAGGAAGCGAUCUGCACGGACUCGCACACGGACAUGCAGCCGUUAACAGGUGGACUCAUCGCGUUCAGCACGCUGGACGGCAGACCCUCCGCGCACGACUUCGACAACUCUCCCGUUCUGCAGGACUGGGUCACGGCCACCGAUAUCAAAGUGACCUUCAACCGGCUGCACACGUUCGGGGACGAGAACGAGGAUGACUCGGAGCUCGCCAGGGACUCGUAUUUUUACGCCGUGUCUGACCUGCAGGUCGGCGGUCGGUGUAAGUGUAACGGGCACGCGUCAAAGUGCGUAAAGGACCGAGAAGGGAACCUAGUGUGCGAGUGCAAGCACAACACGGCGGGACCGGAGUGUGACAGGUGUAAGCCGUUCCACUACGACCGUCCGUGGCAGCGCGCGACGGCCAGAGAGGCCAACGAGUGUGUCGCCUGUCACUGUAACCUACAUGCCCGCCGCUGCCGCUUCAACAUGGAGCUGUAUAAGCUAUCGGGCCGCAGGAGUGGAGGAGUCUGUCUCAACUGCAGACACAACACAGCCGGACGCCACUGCCACUACUGUAAAGAGGGCUACUACAGAGACAUGACCAAGGCUAUCUCACACAGACGCGCAUGCAAAGCUUGUGAUUGUCAUCCGGUUGGCGCAGCUGGUAAGACCUGUAACCAGACGACCGGACAGUGCCCAUGCAAAGAUGGUGUGACUGGCAUCACCUGCAACCGCUGCGCUAAAGGAUACCAGCAAAGCAGAUCACCUAUCGCCCCCUGUAUCAAGAUUCCUGUUGCUGCACCCACAGUCACCUACAGCAGUUCACAAGAGCCCACAGACUGUGACUCUCACUGUAAGACUCCCAAGGGCAAGAUGAAGGUUACCAUGAAGAAAUACUGCAAGAAAGAUUAUGCUGUCCAGGUUCACGUGCUGAAAGGAGAUAAGACGGGCGAGUGGUGGAAAUUCACCAUCAACAUCAUAUCUGUCUAUAAGCAGCGUGGACAUCGCAUUCGCAGAGGAGACCAGCUCCUGUGGAUCCGUGCCAAAGACGUGGCCUGCAAGUGUCCCAAAAUUAAACCCGGGAGGAAGUACCUGCUGAUGGGGUCUGACAGCGAGGACUCGCGCGGUCAGAGCGGCGUGGUGGCAGACAAGGGCAGCCUGCUCAUCCCGUGGAAGGACCUGUGGGCCCGUCGGCUCAGGAAAUUUCAGCAACGUGUCAAGAGGGGCAAGUGUUAGAAAACAAAAAAACAUGGAGGAAAAAACAGAGAGAUUGAAGAACCGGAGAGAAGGAAAGAAAAAUAAUGAGCCGAGCAACGUUGGAGCAGAUGGAUUGACGAUUGAUCAGAGCUGUGGUGAAGGACAACCAGAUGUGCAGUUUUGCCUUCCGUUGUUUAGCGUGUUUUUUUUCCCCCAUCAAGAUUUUAUUUUUUCAUAUCUUCAAUUUUGCAGAAUUUGCACCUACUAUUAAGCAUACAUAUGUAGAGUGGUUUAUGUGUGAUCCUUUCUGGUGUCUCUUUAUAAAGGAUAAAAAAAAGAAAAAGAUAAAAGCUACUGAGUCAGUUUAUCUAUGUGAAUGUUUUCCUGAAGAAGAAGUGUGUUGGCGGUCGUCAUUUCUACGAACUUACAGUGGGGUCCAAACGUCUGCGACACUUUGAAAGUCUGGAUCUAAAACAGAAAAUUGUAGAAUUUUGAAAAUUCCAGAUGACCUGUGGUGCAGCUUUUUUUUUAAAUGAAACAUUUAGUUUUUAAUUUGAAAAAUGCUUAAUAAAAGCCUUUCAUUAACGCUCUCAGUCUUUUGGGCCCUAUUGUACAGGCAGCAUUUGCAUAUGUGUGAUUAUGAUAGAAUCAUAAAACAAGAUCUGUCAAGCCAAUACUUGCCAAAAUGACACAAAGCAUCCUUUAUGUUCCUUCCUCUCAGAUAGAAAAUCUGUUGACAAUACCUCACCGUUGCUGAUCAGAAGAAUCUGAUUGGUUCAAAAUGGCAUGACAUCAUAAUGUUUAUUUGGUGCGAAAAGCUAUGCCGACUUUUGGCUUUUGAUACUAACUGUGGUGAUCUUUAAAGUGUGAAGUCUACCCUCUGUUCCAUAACUAGUUGUAGUCUGAGUUGAGUUAUAAAUAUAGAUUAUUAUUUUUAACCACUUCAUGAUUUUUGAGUUGAAAAAAAAAGUGUAUUUUUCACUGUGAAUGAGAAGUUCACUUAAAACAGGUCACUAUUAUAUUUAGUGUAAUCUUGUUUUAUUUCUAAAAAAUUUCCCAGAUGCAGUAAUAAUCAAAAUUAAGAGUGAAAAAAAGCCUGAAAUCUCCUAGAGUUUGGUAAAAUUGUAACGCUCUAGAUUGUAAAUUUGCGACGUCCUGUAUGUCAUUGCUAAGGUUUAGUGAUAAAGUGAUGGAGGAUAUAAGAAAAAUAAACAAUGUACACAAGCCUGAAUGGUCUAUAUUUACCAGUGUAUGCAAACAUAAGUUUACACCCACUAAUAUAAAUCAGCUAAAAUGGCUCUUAUUAUCCAGAGAAACAAACAAUGUUCUGUGUUAUCACUUAUGGUGUCCCUUUCUUUCUUCUGGUACUUCACUAAGGUGAUAUGCUCUACUGUUUUUGUACAGUUGUUGUUAUUGUUUUAUGAUAUUUAGUAGAUUAUAUUCAAAUGCAAUUAACCAUUUUUUUAUGCCAUGAACAUGAUAUUCUGAAAAUAAGAAUUUUUUUUUUGUUGUUGUUAUUUACAUGAGUUGAUAGUGUAGUGAGAUUGUUGUACUAUGUCUGUGUGACAGGAUAAUGAACACACACACACACACACACACACACACACAGUUUAACGUGCAGUCACUGUCCAGCUCUGAAACUCUGACAGUGUCUAUGAACUGAAAGUCAAUGAUUAUGGUUUAUUAAAACUCACAGUUGUGUGGAGACACCCCUGACCUCACAAGUAGACUUUGACCAGUUUUCCAGACAUUUUGGAAAAUGACUUUGAACACAUAUAUACUUUUUUUUUUUUUUUUUUUUUUUUUUUUUUGAUGAAGGCAUUUACAAUGAUGAUUUACUGUGUACAUUGCAAAAGCUGUGUAUU